GAACCCGGAAGUGCCAAUGUAAACACAAGUUACGGGACAUAUUUUGUAAUCUAAGGGGUUUAAGUGACUUUUUGAAAACGGCAAAUAGCUGAUCAUUGUCGCACAUAGUUCCGCACAUGAUGUCCUUUUGUUGAUUCAUAUUUGUCGUUGAAUAAAAGUGUCAGUUUUCUUGUAGUGAUUUAGACAGAUAGAGGACCUGCUGGUUCUCAUAAUGGCAGAGCGUUUAAACAUACAUCUGCAAAAAUCCACCAAGGAGAAACUUGACAAAUUCAAACAAAUGAGAGGUAAAGAAGUUCAGUCUGAUGAAUUCUGGGAUCUUGUGGUCAUUACUGCAGUGGAUGAGGACCAGAAGUCUGCUUAUGAAAUUCAGAUCACUGAGAAACUGGAGAGGAAUGAACUGCCACUUGGCAUCAAUUAUCAUGUCUUUGCAGAUCCUCCAGGAUGCAAGAUUGGUAAUGGUGGAUCCACUUUACAUUCACUACAGUGUCUACAUGAUAAAUAUGGCAAGUCACUGUCAGGAUUUAAAGUCAUCCUUAUUCAUGCAGGAGGAUUCAGUCAGCGUUUGCCCAAUGCCAGUGCCCUGGGUAAAUUACUCACAGCUUUGCCCCUGGGAAACCCUUUAUAUCAAAUGCUGGAGCUCAAGCUUGCAAUGUAUGUGGAUUUCCCCUCACACAUGAAGCCGGGAAUGCUGGUUACCUGUGCUGAUGAUAUUGAGCUCUACAGUGUUCCUGCCCAAGAGAACGUAGUGUUUGAUAAGUCAGGUUUUACUGCCUUAGCACACCCCUCCCCUCUCUCUAUUGGUACCACUCAUGGAGUUUUUGUUCUAGAACCAGCAGAGACGCCCAGAAUUUGUGACAUGGAAUACAGAACUUGCUCUCAAUUUCUGCACAAACCAAGCAUCGAAAAGAUGUUCAAAUGCAAUGCCAUAUGCAAGAGGGAAGGAAAGGAGUUUGUUUACACUGACAGCACUUACUACUUUGAUUAUGGGACUUCUAUGACCCUACUAACCUUGUUCAGUGAAAUCAGCCCUCUGACAUGUGAAAUCGAUGCUUAUGGAGACUUUCUUCAAGCCCUGGGGCAAAGAGCUACUGUGGAUUACACGGAAAACACUGCCAACGUCACAAAGAAGGAAAACGGUCUCAUUGAGAUUCGCAGAAAGAUUUUCCAUCGUCUCAAAGGCACGGCACUCAACGUCAUCCUGUUGAACAACUCCAAGUUUUAUCAUGUCGGCACCACAGAGGAAUACUUGUUCCACUUCACCGCUGACCCCUGUCUCAGAGCAGAACUCGGCCUGCUCUCUGCUGCCUUCAGUGUGUGCGACUUGGAGCGAUCGGAGAAAACUCGAGUUUGCGUGACACACAGCAUCCUGCAUCCCAGUGUGACUGUAUCCCAGGGCAGUGUUGUGGAAUACUCCAGAUUAGAUGCUAGAGUUAAAGUCGGAAGUCGAUCUAUCAUCAGCGGCUGCUGGAUUGGCACAGAUCUAUCAGUGUCAAGUGACACCUUCAUACACUCUUUGGCUGUAAACCUGGAUGGAAAAACGGGUUUUGUGACUGUGGUUUUUGGUGUUCGAGAUGAUCUAAAGAAAAGUGUAUCCAGUCCUGCUCAUAUGAAAGCAUUGAGCUUGUUUGAGGUUAAUCUGGAGGACUGUGUUGGACUCUGGGGUUUGUUUCCAGAGAAGGUCAGGUUCUCAGGAGACACAACUAUGUGUAGUUUGUGGAACGCCUGCAUUUUCCCAGUGUGCUCCAAUUUAAAGGAUUCAUUCGUGAUGUCACUGGGGAUGCUGAAGGCACUGGAUAGUGGAACCAAUUUCACACUACUAAAAAAUGCCACACUAACCUCUUUACAAGAAACUCUGCAGAACAAGAACCUAGAGGAAAUGUUGAAAUUUAGGAAAAAACUGUAUGAAGACAUUCUCAGGGUGAAUUUAAGUAAUUCGGUCUGAGCAUGUGUGUGUAAAUGAUCAAUAGUUUGAUUGCAUAUACUGCCCGACAAAGGCAAAGCGCAGUAAGUAUGAGACAGUGCCUUCAAAGUUGUUUUUACUAAAUUGAUUUGAUAUCAGUUUUCACACACCGUUUUCUCUAAAUCUGAGCUUAGUUAAAUCAAACCGUAUGUCACAGGAGAUAUAGUCCAGAUUUUAGUCAUAACUCAGUUUUGACAACAGAUUACUGCUUUUUGCCUUGUAGGGCAGUAUAGCCAUGUGACGAAAAUCGUAAAUUGGCCAUAACAGACACUACAGAAAUACCAAGAUGGUGCACUCACAUUACUAUGAAUGGGAGAAAGGGCUAACAAGCAAUAUGGCAAAAUAAGUCCCGCCUUCUGAAUAAAAGAGCCGAUUGCCAGUUAGUAAAGUCAACAUGUUACUGUUGGUGCCUUUAUGGCUCUG